CAGAGACGCUGCAGUACUCAGUGCACGGUGAACAGAGGCUGUCUGACAGUUUGACACUGAACUGGACCAAUUACAUCUGCAAAAAUGGUGGAUGCUUUCUGUGCUACAUGGAAACUGGUGGACAGCCAGAACUUUGAUGACUACAUGAAGGCACUUGGUGUUGGUUUUGCCACGAGACAAGUGGGCAACGUCACCAAACCAACAGUAGUGAUCAGCCAGGAUGGGGACAAAGUGGUGGUGAAAACCCUGAGCACCUUCAGGAACACUGAGAUCGCCGCUAAACUGGGAGAGGAGUUUGAUGAGACCACACCUGAUGACCGGCAUGUCAAAUCCACUUUCACCAUGGAAGGAGACAAACUUGUGCAGGUGCAGAAGUGGGAUGACAAGGAGACCAAAUUUGUCCGAGAAAUCAAGGAUGGGAAGAUGGUGGCGACUUUGACUUAUGAGGGAGUCAGUGCCGUCCGCACAUACGAGAAAGCCUAACUUUACUCCUCCACUUGAAUGAGCAAAUCCUCCCUGCACUGCAAAUGUUGAACAAGGCGUUCUCUGUUUUUUAACAAAUGUUUGUUGCUUUUUUUUUUUUUUUUUUUUUUUACAGUGUGCAGUGAUUUGCACUUGAUUUGCUGUUGUAACAUGAGGUAAAUAUUUUGGGACAUUUUUUGUAAGAUCUUUUGUAAGAAAUUCAGACUGUGAAAGGCCUAAAAAUUGUUUCAUCACAUGUGAAAAAAGGGAAAAAUAAACUACUUGACUAAACCUUC